AUGCAGUUCAAAAACAUCCUCGUGGCCUCCUGCCUGGCUCUCGGUGCCUCAGCCACUGCCACCAACGCCACCGAUAUUGCUCCGUCAGUCCAGAACCGCUUCGCCCAGAUCGACCUUGGUUACCAGCAAACCUACCUGCUCCUGAACCACCUGGACGACGGCACAAAUGACACUUCGGCUGAUGUGAGUGACCAGUUAACGCAAAGACAGACCUUUAUUGCCUGCGACGUCGUUUCUGCCUACAACGCCACUGCUUAUGGCGAGGCUAAGGACCUUAGCAAGAACCAGCCCAUCAAGCCUUUGACCGAGUCCACUCAGCUGGUGAUUUGCCAGGCCUUCCACUCGCUCGCCCUCACCGGUAUCCAGCUGAACAACGCCUUUGUUGACAGUGCUUCUCACUUUGACAAGGCCCAGCGCAACGAUCUGCAGGUUGCCCUGUCCAAGGUUAAUGACGAGACUGGCUCAUUCUUUAUUCACGUUGCCAAGCCUGCUCUUCCUUACUGCUUAGCUACCCUCCAGACUGACCAGUCUGCUAUCUACAAAUCGCUUCUUACCGCUGCACAAGCUUUGGAUCCCUCUGAGGCUCUGGUUUAA